AUGGAAGCAGUCAUACCUACCGAAGUCAAAAUACCUUUGUUAAGAAUCAUUCAAGAAGCUAAAUUGAGUAAUGUCAAUUGGGUUUGCCAUCAAAUUGAGCAUUUGGCCUUGAUUGAUGAAAAAAGAAUGACCGAUAUUUGCCAUGGUCAAUUGUACUAUCAAAGGAUGAGUUGUGCUUUCAACAAACGAGUGAGACCAAGAAUGUUUGAAGUUGGUCAAUUGGCUCUCAAACACAUUUUUCCACAUCAAGAUGAGUAUAAAGGAAAGUUCGCACCAAAUUGGCAAGGACAAUAUAUGGUUCUCAAAGUAUUAUUUGGAGAUGCCCUAAUAUUGUCAGAAAUGGAUGGUCAAGAGUGGCUGAAACCAAUCAAAUCAGAUGCUGUCAAGAGAUACUACCUUUGA